ACACCAAACUCAAUUUUCAAACUGUGGAAAAAAGCUUAUUUCCUCUCUAACAAAUAAGCUUUUUCCGUAGUUCACCAAAAUUCAACACAUCUUUGUUUCACUCACUCAAUUUAAUCAAAUUCACUAAUGGCUCGUUCUUUCGCUAACGCUAAGGUUUUUUCCGCUAUUGUUCUUGAAGGAUUCUCUAACACUUUCACAAGACGUGGUUACGCUGCUGCAACAGAAAGUGCAACAAGGGGAGGAGCAGUGUCUAUUGGUAACAAGAUGGGACCCACAAAGACAGGGGAAGAGGUUGUUUCUACUUAUAAGGUUUCUUGGGUACCGGAUCCUAUUACCGGUUACUAUAAGCCUGAAAAUGUUAAGGAUGUUGACGCUGCUGAAUUACGUGCUAAACUUCUCCGCAAGAAACUUAACAACUAAUUUUAACGUGGAGGAUCUCAUGAAUGAUUCUGUUAAUCACGAAGAUUCUACUCAGUUUGGUUUAUUUUUUACUAGUUUUGGAAACAUUAUUAGUUGCUAGUUGAUCAUUAGUUAAUGAUGAUGUAUUUCUAAUCUUUAUUGAAUGCAAUUUAUACUAUUUUUGUUAAAUUUGUUUUGGUGUGUGAUGUUUGGAUUAUAGCUUGCACGUUAUAAACUGGUUUAUGAUAA